CUGUACUUUCUAGCCUAAAGUGUUGGUGUUCAUGGAGUACUGUGAUGGGGGAACUAUAGACCAGGUUUCUCGAGAAGGCUUAACGGAAGACAGGAUACGUGUAUACACAAAGGAACUGCUCACAGCAGUACAGAUGCUACAUGACAAUGACAUUGUUCAUAGAGAUAUUAAAGGGACCAAUAUAUACCUAACAUCGAGUGGAUGUCUCAAGUUGGGUCACUUAACUUGUGCCGUUAAGUUAAAAAGCCAAACUACAAAUGAGAUGGACAAACUCGUCGGCACCAUAGCAUACAUGGCUCCAGAAGUAAUCACACAAACUUGUAAGGAGAAACAUAUAAGAGCUUCGGACAUCUGGAGUGUUGGUUGUGUGAUCAUUGAAAUGGCAACGGGAAAACCUCCGUGGCAUGACCUAGGGAAUAGCUUCCAGAUUAUGUUCAGAGUUGGAACAGGGGAGACUCCACCAACCCCAGAGAAUCUCUGUGAUGCAGGAAAGGAUUUCCUGUCUCAUUGUCUUGAACAAGAACCUGAUAAACGAUGGACAGCAAGUCAGCUUAAAGAUCACCCAUUUGCCAAGGUUUUCAGUAAAUGUGAAACAACUGAUGAGGAAAGUGAUGAUGAUUGUGAUGAUGUCGAUGAUGAUUACUAUGAUUAUAAUGAUGAUCAAGAUGUAGAAGCACAGGCUGAAGUUAAAUCCGAAACACCAGAAAAAGGUGAGUCCGACCAGGAAGACGAGAGAUUUUUUGGUGGUAAGACCAAUCCUGCUGCAUUCCAGAGACUUGUUAAAGAUUUGAGGAAUAUGAAAAAAGACGCUCACAAAUUUGGAAUUGAGGGAACUCCCAGGGGAGAUAAUCUAUUUAUUUGGGAUGUGAAAUUAACAGGGUUUCCAGCAGACACAGCAUUAGGAAAAGAUAUCAGAAACUGGGCAGAAAAACAUAAAAGAGAGCCAGUUGUGUAUUUAGAGAUGCAGUUUCCUGAUGAAUACCCCAUGGCACCUCCAUUUGUAAGAGUAACACGACCAAGGUUUAAAUUUUUCUCAGGUCAUGUGACUAUAGGUGGCAGUAUAUGUAUGGAGACGUUAACAAAAUCAGGAUGGACACCAACCAAUGACUUACAGAGUAUCCUUGCUGAAAUACGAUCAGAGAUUAUGGGCGACCCAAACAUGCGUCUAGACUCGAAUCCAGACAGAGAGUACGGUGAGGCAGAGGCAAGAGAUGCAUUCAAUAGAAUGGUGAACAGAUAUGACUGGAACAAAUAGAUUAUUAGGUUUUUCAACAAAUAUCAUUGCGCUGAUAUAAGCUAUUAUUACAUACUCGUUUCUAUUCCCCGUUAAGUUACACUGGUACUGGAAACGUCAAUAUUUUUACAUACACUGACGCCUGAAUUUCAUAUCGGGUGCGUGACGUAAUUCAGUGUGUGUUGUUGCACUAUUUUUUUUCUAUUUAGUUCUGUAUCGUCAAUCCUAUUCAGGUGAUUGUACAUAUUUAUGAUAUAUACAUAUUUGUACGUGUAGAUGCGUAUGUAAUAAAAAGGUUAUUAUUUUUGCAUCGGGAAAUAUGCACUCGUUCUUCAGCGGAAGAAUAUUGCGCUCCUAAAGUCGCGCAGUAUUUCCGCUGAAGAACUCGUGCAUAUUUCCCGAUACAAAGCUAAUAACCUAUAAUAAUAGUGAAACAGUGAUACACGUAUGUCUAUUGUAAAUGAAAAGUUGAGUUUACUGUGAAUUCUUGCAAUGUGUUAAGAACCACAAUUGAUAUGCUAGGUAUUUACAACCAAUAUUUCCAUCUGCUUAAACUGCAUUAUCUUUUCUCUGCACAUAGAUUUGAUCAAAGUGUUGUCUGUGUAAUAAUACCUCCCAUUAAUGCAUCAGGCAACAACACUUCAGGUGAGGGAACCGAAAGUGAGGAAUGUUUAUCAGAAUGUUUUGGGGGCUGUACAGAUGGUAUUUUAUAACAUUUAAUGCCAAAAAAAUGUGCAAAGGAUCUUUUUACAGAUUUUAUUUCCUAUUAGCUAUAUUGGAUAUUGUUAUCUUUAAUAUUUGUACCUUUUUGAGGCAAUUUUUAGAAAAAGGGAUUGCUGUAUUAUUGUUUAUAUUAUUUAAUUGAAGUACAUGUAUAUGUUGCCAUUAUUUCUUGUUGCUUGCGUAAGUUUUACCAAAUGAUUUUAUAGAGUAACAUAUUUUUCUAUUAAAUUUUAUAUUAUGU